GAUUUUUUAAUUCAAUCAGCAAGUACUACACCUCAAUUAAACACUUCACAAUGGCCGUUAUUACUUAAAAAUUAUGAUAAGCUUUUAAUUCGAUCUAGUCAUUUUACUCCAAUCCCAUGUGGUAGUAGUCCUUUAAAACGUCCUUUGAAGGAUUAUAUCAAAACUGGUGUGAUUAAUCUUGAUAAACCUUCAAAUCCAUCAUCUCAUGAAGUAGUAGCAUGGAUUCGAAGAAUCUUAAGAUCAGAUAAAACAGGACAUUCAGGUACACUAGAUCCCAAAGUCACUGGUUGUUUAUUAGUUUGUAUAGAUCGAGCCACUCGUUUAGUCAAAUCACAACAAGGAGCCGGUAAAGAAUAUGUUUGUGUGUUAAGAUUACAUUCAAGUUUACAAACCGAAAAAGCUUUAUCUCGAGCACUCGAAACUCUUACCGGUGCACUCUUUCAACGUCCACCCUUGAUCUCAGCUGUCAAACGUCAACUUCGGAUUCGAACGAUUUAUGAAACUAAAUUGAUUGAGUUUGAUAACAAACGUCAUUUGGCUGUCUUUUGGGUUAGUUGUGAAGCUGGUACUUAUAUUCGUACUCUUUGUGUUCAUUUGGGACUUUUAUUGGGCGUCGGUGGUCAUAUGCAAGAAUUACGUAGAGUUAGAAGUGGUGCGAUGGGUGAAAAUGAUGGGAUUGUAACCAUGCAUGAUGUAUUAGAUGCUCAAUGGGUUUAUGAUAACACACGUGAUGAAUCAUACCUUCGACGUGUCAUUCGUCCCCUUGAAUCACUCUUGACCGGUUACAAGCGAAUCGUAGUUAAAGAUACUGCAGUCAACGCUGUAUGCUAUGGUGCCAAGUUGAUGAUUCCCGGUUUACUGAGAUACGAGGCUGAUAUCGAACUAAACGAAGAAGUAGUACUUAUGACUACCAAGGGUGAAGCUAUUGCCAUCGGAAUCGCUCAAAUGACUACGGUAGAACUCGCAACUUGUGAUCAUGGAGUAGUAGCUAAAGUUAAGCGAUGUAUCAUGGAACGAGAUACUUACCCUCGAAGAUGGGGAUUAGGACCCAAAGCACAAGAAAAGAAAAAGAUGAUCAAAGUGGGUGAACUCGACAAAUAUGGACGAGCAAAUGAAAAGACACCAUCUAAGUGGCGUGAAGGUUACACUGAUUACUCAGGUGGAGCUGAUCCUACUUCAGCACCUGCUGCUGAU